AUGGCUCAAUCGGCUAGUCUCUACCAGGACCAUAUCCUACAGGCUGUCCUGCAAGGGAAUCUCACAUCCGUUCCGGACCCGCCGGCCCGAAUCCUGAAGGUCGUUCUCAGUUCCUCAAAAAGCGACUUCGAGCAGGAGAGACGAGCUAUUCAGGAACAAGUGGUGCCAGAGCUGCAGAAGCAUUGUGCGAGUUUAGGGGUCGACGUAGCUCUUAUUGACAUACAACAAUUCAUCAAUGACUCCUGGCUGAAUCCUCGGACAGCUCCUGACGUUCACCUGAGAGAGUUGGAGAACUGUCACAACAACUCAUUGGGCUGCUUCCUCAUGUGUCUCAUCGGGAAUAAGAGUCGACCGUACGUUUUGCCCCCGGCCAUUCCAGUCGACGAGUUCAAUCACAUUCUCACCUGUUGCCAUGAAGGAGGCGUGGACACGUCGGUUCUUGAAUCGUGGUACACCCUCGACAACAAUGCUAUUCCACCGGUUUAUUGUCUCGAUGUCGUCACUCCGCCCCAUAGAUCGAACACUGCUUUAGACGAUAUCGCUGAAGAGGACAGUGAAGUGGCCACGGUGCUCGAGUACGGUGUCAAGACCGCGCUCGAAGACGGACUCAUAUCAUCCGAGAACACUCCUCUGCUCCUGAGAACAUGUGUACAAAGCCAUUUGAGUCACGCCCUGAAACUGUCGAAAUCAGCGCCGCAACGGAUCCUCUGCGUCGUACGACAACUCGAAGGCGUAAAUGGUCGGGACGACGCCGCAGGCAAGUUCUGCGACCUUGACGAGAUCGACGCAAACGGAACUGGAAAUAACGAUCUCAUCUCCGACAUCAUACUCGGGGUCGACAAGAAAAACUGUUUUUUUUUCAAUUUGCCGUGGCAGGGAUCGGGCAUCGAUCCCGAAGUGAAUGAGCACAAUGUCUACCUUGACGAUCUCUCGACGACGCUCUCGUCGCGUCUCAAAGAAAUGGUCGCCGAAGCCGCCGACGUGGAGAGCCCCGAUUGGGACGAGCUCCCACCCACAUUCCGCAAGGUGGUCCAAGAAGUGGUUCGUGAAGCUCAAACUCACCUGUGCAAUAGCAGAGAACACUUGCGCGAAAUGGGAGUGUCGCAAUCCAGAGACGGUGACUACGGACCGUUGUUGUACAUCCAGCGUCUGAUGUGCGGAGAAGAAGAAAGAGCCCGUCAUACUCCGAUUGUCGUAUGCGGCGCUAACGGAAGCGGAAAGAGCACGCUGCUUGCUCAGGUAUUGACCUACUGUCCUGAGUGGUUGGGAAACGAUGUGGUUCGCAUCGUUCGCUCGGUGGGCAAGAGCCCUUGUUCCUCGUACACGGCCGAACUUCUGCGUAAUAUGUGUCUUCAUAUAUCGAUGGUGUUCGGCUUCGAGAUCAGUCCGAAGCAUCAGAGUUUCGAGCUUGGGAAGCUAUCGAUCUGGUUCCAGGACUUAUUGAAGCAAGUCGAGACGACCACCAAUGACCUCGUCAUCAUUCUCGACGAUCUCGACGAACUCAAGUGUCCGCCAUCGAGUCAGGCAUCGUUACUCGGCUGGUUGCCGUGGACCAUUCCGUUGAACGUGCAUAUUAUUUGUUCCGUAUCAUCCGCAUCAAGCAACAUUAUGAGUCUUCUGAAAUCUCGCAUUUCCUCAUCCGAUUCCUAUGUUCAUAUUCCGGUGUUGAGCGGACCGGCGACGUUGGCCAUGCUCCAAAGUUGUCUCAAAGAUUGCAAACGAACGCUAACUUGCGAACAGCUACGCAGCGUCUCUGAGGCUUUGGAGAACAUAUCUUCGGGCCCUCUAUUCGUGCGGCUUCUGUGUGAACGAAGCCAACGUUGGAAGUCUUCGGAUGCGAGCAUUUGUGUUCCUCUAGACUGCGAGUCUCUUGUGAACGACUGCCUCGACAAUCUCGAACAAAGAUACGGAGUUCAGCCAGUGAAAAGGAUUUGCUCGUUCCUCGCAUGCACAAAUUACGGUUUCCGAGAACCAGAGCUCAUGGAGUUGCUCCAAUCGACAGACAGUGAUUCCAACCAUUUGCCCCUGAAUUGGAUGGUCGUUACAAAGGAACUAGGUUCUUUGUUGAAGCAAUCCUACGUUGACUGCCGUUCCUAUAUCCAGUGGAGUCAUCGUUGCAUAAGCCAAUACGUGAAAAACAGGUAUCUUGCCAGCGAGGAAGACCUCCGGAGUUGCCAUGGCGAAUUAGGUGGUGCCUUCCACAUGGGCUUCUUGGCACAGAAAGAAGAGAAAGCGGCUGUUUUGGGCAACUCGUACGAUGAUGUAGGGAAAGCAAAACGUCGAGAUGAUUGGUCCGAUGUUCUACGAGAAGUGGACGAAAUGUGGUUUCAUCUCCUCGCUGGAGGUAAAAUGCAUCGGCUGAAGCAUGACGCCGUGUGCAACUUCGAGUUCCUCCAGUGCACCGUUCGCGGAGCAUCGGUCAGCUACCUACGAUCCGUGCUCGAGAUGGUGAGAUCCCGACUACUCGACUGGGAAGUCGAAGUCGUCUACAAUAUGACGAAGCAAGCCGUCGACGUACUGAGUCAAGAUCCCCAGCAGUUGGCGACCGAAAUCCUUAACUGGCUAACGCCUUACGCAGCUGACGGGACCUCGAAAGUUCUGGAAGACCUCGUCAGCCAGGCCAACUCGUGGUGUCAAAACGCCAAGACUCCGCUGCUGGUGCCGCAGACAACGUGGCUCAACCUCACUCUGCCGCCUCAGGUGACGUCGUUCACGCUGCCUUCGCCUGUGAAGCUCAUGCUUGUUUCGAACGACAGCCAAAAGCUUUACGUAGUACUUGAAGAAGACGAACGCGACGUCCAGGUGUUCCACGUCGCCACUAAACGUCGCCUCGCUACGAUGACAGGACACAAAGCCCCGAUCACCUGUCUACGCCUGACGCGGUCGGGCUCGAAAGUUGUGACCGGGUCGGAAGAUACGACGAUUAUGGUAUUCUGUGCGACGACGGGCAAACUGAUCUCUAAAUCAAGUCAUCACGUCGCAAGCAUAGAGUGCUUGGCGGUCACGCACAAAGAACACUUCCUCAUCAGCGGAUCGUCGAUCGGAGUUGUCGUAGUGUCGAGUUUCGACUCUGGGAAAAUGGUCCAACGGCUCGAGAACCAUCGCGGCAUGAUCAGUGCUGUCGUCGUCAAUCGCGGGGACGAUGUUUUCGUAACAGCUUCGUGUGAUCGCACCGUUUGCAUCUGGAGCUUGGAUAAUUUUUCGCUUUUGAAUACGAUCACGUUACCUUCGGCCAUUUCAUCGAUGAGGGUUUCCUUCGACUCGACGUUCCUGCUGAUGACGUGCCAGGAUAACUCGAUCCACGUGCGUUCUCUUACCACUGGGAAAGACAUUCAUUGUUUGAAGGGGUAUACCGGGAACGUGAGCAGCGUAGACUUCGCAAAGGAUAAUUGCCGAUGCAUCGUGGGUACCGAUGACGGCAAAGCACACAUUUUCGACGUUCACACCGGCGAACUGAACGGUGUUCUGCAAACUCAUCCGGACGGCCACCGGACCGUCGCGGUUCAAGCCCAGAAAACCGAUUCGUUCCUGUUUACGGCUGCGGGGAACAAAGUCACCGUUUGGCACUUCUACCUGAAACGCAGCGAACUACGCCAUCCCGCUCGACCCAAGAGCAAAAAACCCGAAGGACACAAAGACAUCGUGACGUGUGUGGCCGUUGCACGCGACGGCAGUGUGGCUGUCACCGGCUCCAGGACCGGACUCCUCAAGUUGUGGACGUUAAGCGUCGGAGAACCGUCGCAGAAUCUCGAAGGUCACACGACAGCCAUAACAGUUUUGCAGUUCGCUCACAAUGGUCUGUUCGUCGUGUCGGCCUCCGAAGACGGGACCUGCAAAGUAUGGGCACUCUCGCUCGGUCUGCCCAUCUGCACAUUCAAGGAGCACCAGAGCAAGAUCCUCAGUCUCAAUAUCACAGCCGACAGCAGACGGAUUCUCUCUGUCGAUUCCGGGGGAGUGCAUAAGAUCUGGCAGGCGGACUCCGGUCAGACGCUCACUUCGUACGCGAAGAAACCCUUCAAUCAAGUCACUUUACACCAGAAUUGCGUGUUUUCUAUCGGAGGGAAAAACGACAAUCAGGUCAAAUACUGGCCUCUGCAGGAUAUCGAUAACGAAAAAACCGUGAGUCACAGUGAUGUCAUCCUCGCCUACACAGUCACGUUCGAUGGGAAAAUUCUCGUCACCGGUUCGCAGGACAAAUCACUGAAGGUCUGGGAAAUUGCGACUUCGAAAAUCACUCAAGUUCUCGUCGGUCACGAGGCGCCGGUGAAUUGCGUCGCUGUCGCGCCGUUGAACAAUACGAUGGCGGUGUCUGGAUCCCUCGAUUGCAAUCUCAUCGUGUGGGACAUGACGACCGGGAGCGACAGCUUCACGCUCCGGGGACACACCAAUGCAAUUAAGGACGUUAAACUCACUCUUGACGCAAGUGUCGCGAUAUCCUGCUCCGAUGACAACACAGUUCAGCUAUGGAACACUUCAAACGGACACCGGGUCGCUUCAUUCGAUCUCCACGUGUCCUCCCUGAGAGUGGCAACAUCUCUUCACUGCAGCAAUAUAGCGGUCCAGUUGGCUUCCAGUAGCUGUGUUCCCCUACUCCGACUGUUGAACAAUCCAGCUCAGGGUCUCUCGCUCGAAACCUUCAAUGCAUUCAGCCAACUCAACCACGAAGAGAAACUCGGGUCUCUCGCCAUGCGUGGUGUUGUGCCCAAACGAACGCUCCUCAAAGGAGAGCUGAAACGAGAGCAGUCCUUCGAUUCCUUCUACUGGGACCAUCACCGAUCGUCCGCACUCAUGAACAUCAAACUACAGCAGCAGUCAUCCUCACAAGCGACGCCAUCGCCUUACCACGACAUAAUCUCCACGAGUCCUUUGGAGGACCUGAAAAGAAGCUCGGCAUCGCCUCACGGCAGUCGAGAACAUCUCCAUCUCGCAGGAGCGUGGAACGGCGGCCCGCGCCAACAGGGUCCCGUUCGACCGCCGCCACCGCCGGACGGGGUCGCAAAGCCCAAGAUGCUGCCCAAACACAAAAUCCUCAAGAAGCAACAGUCAAUGUUCGCCUGUUUCCCGGAAUUCUCGCAACAGACACCGCCCCCGUUGAUUUCGCCCGUCACGGCAAAGGUAGAAUUAAGUGACAAAAAAGGCGACUUGUACAAACCGACGUCAAGAACUUAUCUGGCUCGGACGGACAGCCAAGAAGACAAGAGUGGCACUUGCAUAAAGGAGAGUAUCCGCGAAGGGGGUGAAGAACACCCUGUCAUUUCAGUAUACGAUUCCCGAGCCUGCAGCGUCAUGUAA